ACAUCUCUAGUCAUUUACUCGCCACCUGUUUCCUCCCGGCUGCCGCACCAGCUCCGACAUCUUGCCCGUUUUCAGCCAAACUACGCGACUUGAUAUUAUUCUAGGAUAACGGCGGCUACAAUUUUCCCCUCAAAAUAACGACAGCUUGGGAAAUUUUCUUGGGCAGCAAUGGCAGAACAUCUCUCUCAGAGUGAACUGGACUACCCAUUUAAACUUCUGGAGUAUUUCAACGGCUUCAGAGUGUCAAAGAUAAUAUUCUCAGCCUGUGAGCUCGGCGUCUUCGACCUCCUGCUGAAGUCCCAGGACGCCCUGAGUGCUCAACACGUGGCGCACGAACUGGGCACCAGCGUGGACGGGAUGGAGCGGCUGCUGGACGCCCUGGUGGGCAUCGAGAUCCUGGAGGUGGAGAAGGCCGAAGGGACAGCUCUGUACAGCAGCACAGACGUGGCUAACCUUUACCUGGCCAAAGGCAGCGCCAAAUCUCUUCACGACAUGAUCAUCUACCGCUCCCAAACCGUCUACCCGCUGUGGAACAACCUGGCGGACGCCAUCAGGGAGGGGAGGAACCAGUACGAAAAGACUUUCGGUCUUCCAUCUGCCCACUUUUUCCAAGCUAUUUACAGGUCUGAGGAGGAGAUGCUGAAAUUCAUGGGGAUCAUGAGCUGUCACUGGGUUCUGGACGGACACGAUGUUGUGACGGCGUUCGACCUCUCCCGCUUCCAGAAGGUCGUCGAUCUGGGAGGUUGCACUGGUGCUCUGGCCAAUGAAAUGGCGAGAGCGUAUCCCGCCUCGUCCGUCACCGUGUUUGACCUCCCGGAGGUGGUGGAAGCGGCUCAGAAACAUUUCAAACAGGACAGUGGCGUUACAUUUCAAUCAGGAGAUUUCUUCAGCGGUGAAAUUCCCGGUGCAGACUUGUAUGUGUUGGCCAGAGUCAUUCACGACUGGCCUGAGGAGAAGUGCCUGGAGCUGCUGAAGAAGAUCUAUGAGACUUGUAAGCCAGGUGGGGGCGUCCUGCUGGUGGAAGCGCUGCUGUUUGAAAACAGACGAGGGCCCAUCAUGGCGCAGAUCUUCUCCCUCAACAUGCUGGUGCAGACGCAGGGCAGGGAGCGCACCCCGUCCGAAUACACUCACAUGCUCAACAAGUCGGGCUUCCGCAACGUCCUGGUCUGCCGGACCGGGAAGUCCUACGAUGCCAUUUUGGCCGUCAGAUGAGCACGGAAACACUCUACGUGUCCCGACAGGGAAAUGAUGAGAGCACUGGUUUAAAAUCUUGAUUUAAAAUAAUGAGAUGAUGUGUUUGGGGUUAGGAGACGUAAACGUAAAACUUGAACCUUUGUCUAAAGAAAUCUUGUUCACUCAGCUCUUGGAUUUGGGUCAUAGUUCAACCUUCUCACAUACUGUGAGCCACUUCCUGUUCACUGUGAUGCUGCCUGGCUCCUUCUUAAUCUGCACAUUAAUCAAGUUCCUCAUAUAGACAGUUCUUUGUUCAGAAAAUAAUUUCCGAUUAUUCAUCACUGUGACACUGUUUACCAGCCUCUUGGAGGUGCUUUUAUGGUUCUACCCUUCAUCCUGGUGCUACUUUGUAAAACUUGGUGCAAAUCCUUAUAUACCUGAACAAACUUACCUACAUUUAAAGACUGUUUACAGCGUCUCGGCUUCAAAAUAGCUGCAGAUGGGUGUUCAUGUUGAGUAGAAGGUUAUAAAACAUUUCAGGAGUGGAGGCGAAUUCUGUUUGUGUAUCAAUAGUUCGAGUCUGUAUUAGAAAAAUCAACAGAUGAGCCACAAAUAUCGUCCUUUCUACAUCAGCAUAUUGUACUCCAAGACUGUUUCUGUGUCCUCCAGCUGCUCCUCUAGAAAAGAAAGCUGUGAUAUACAUUGUAAAUUUUCCUUUAUAAUUUUGGUUUAAUAAAAAAAAAGAAAGUUAACACUUU